CUAGAUGCUGAGAGAACUUUUCCGUCUGCUAGGUUCUAGCAGCACCACAGACUGGUGAGGUAUUUGUUGAUAAAAAUUCGCGGAGAAUAUGGGAAAUACGUGGGCAUACUAUGUUUCACAUCCAGAUACGACACCUCCGUCGAUUACACCGCCGACAUUCGAUCCUUUGCUUGGAUUUUCCAAUGGCAGGAAGCCCAGAGUAAUGGUUGCCACUGAAGAGGAGAUGAAGUCAGCUAAUCUUGCUCUAAAAGAUCGUGAUUAUUGUGCUCAUCACUUAUUAGCCUAUCAGGCUUGCCGAGCUGACGUCUGGCCUUUAGCAUACAAAUGUGCCCAUGAAAGACAUGUGCUUUUUAACUGCCAAUAUGACGAUUUUGUCCUGACAAUGAAGGAGUAUGAGCGAGAACGCAGACUUCUCCAGAGGCAGAAGAGAAUCCAACAAGCAACAGCUGCUUGACUAGUGUUAUAGUGGACUACACCGAUUACACUAUUUCUGUAAACACAGUAGAAGAUACAUAAGUUGCUCCUUAUAUUGAUCAACGGUGUAUAUCACCAAUUCUGUAAUGUACAUAAAAGAAGAAAAAGAAAAAUAGGAUUGACAACUGUCA